AUGGUGGGGGAUAGCGAGGACGACAAAAAGAGCGACAGUGAGAGUAGGCGUAAAAGGAAACAGAGGCGAAACAGGACGACGUUCAAUAGCACGCAGCUGGCCGCCCUCGAGAGGGUGUUUGAGAGGACGCACUACCCGGAUGCCUUCGUCAGGGAGGAACUGGCCAGGAGGGUGAGCCUCAGUGAGGCUAGAGUACAGGUUUGGUUUCAAAACCGGCGAGCGAAAUUUAGAAGAAACGAAAGAAAUCUGAUGGCACAGCGUCAGACGAUCUACGGACGUAGCAGCGUGGAGGGCACCCCCAUCGAACAACCAAUCACCCCCAGGGCCACGCCCAUGUCAUCCGAUUACAUCCCCUGGGCCGGCACAUCCGGUUAUUCCGGUCAGCCGUCGGGGCCCGGCUCGAGCUGCGCCCUGGCCUCCCCGCACUCGUUCCCGGGCUCGGCGUCAGUGGGGUCGAGCCUGGCGUGUUUGAGACUCAAGGCCCACGAGUACAACUCCAGCCUGCAGCCGUCGCCAUACUCGCAUCACCAGAUGCCUCAGUGACACGUUGACCAGGUUUUUGUGGUGCGAUAAGUCAAAAUGGAUUUUCUUGUACGUGUGUUAAAUUUUUUUUCCAGAUGAUAAUUUGUAAAAAAAAUUUGCUUGGUUAGCAAAGUUUAAAAGUAAAAGUUGAUUCAUCCGAAGUUUUAAAAAUCAUUUCAUUGUUCAUGAAAUUAUCUAUCUGUGUUUCUCAUAUGUGUUUUUAAAACACUACAAGGCAAGCAGUUCUCAAACUGUUCAAUAAAACUUAUCAGCAUUUAUAAAAUGUCCAUUAAUGGAAUUCAAACCAAGAGACCGGAUUCCUUAAAAAGUUAAACUGUUGAGAUCCGCAUUCUUAAACUGUUCAUUAGUUGCGUUCUCAGCCAGUUUAAAGAGUCCAGCCUUCUCACGCAGUUUAUCGUCUGCAUUCUCAGACAGUUCAAAUCGAGACCAACAUUCUCAAACUAUUCGGAGACGAAGACCA